ACUCCUCUAUCUUUCUACGUUAUUGUAAAUGCAGGUGCCGAUAGUUGUUCACGCGUUUGAGUAAGCAUUUCGGUAAGGGCGCUCCGGAAGAUCUCUGUUUCUAUUUCUGUACGGCAUAGCUGCGCAGGAGGUCGGAACUGUUAUGAUCCUGAGCUGCUUGAGCACCGUGCCGCUGGAGGAUGUCAGGGCCAACGCGCCCGACUGCGUGCUCUGGCAGCAGGUGUACCUAUUCAGCGAGAGGUGCCUCACCGAAUCGUUGGUUAAGAGGGCCGCAGAGCAGGGCUGCACGGCCAUCGUGGUGACCGCGGACGCUCCCGUCGACGGAGACAAGAUCAGCCGCCACGAGUACCCGCAUAGCCUUCCCCACGGACUCAGUACCGCCAACUUGGAUGCAUCGUUUUCCUACCACAGGCCCGAUUGCACUGCCGUGAGCGAGCACUCCCGCGAAGUAAGCGCCAUGCAUUGCGCCACCUUCAAGGAGAUCGAAUGGCUGCGCACUCUUUCAGAGCUACCUGUGGUCGUCAAGGGUGUCCUUGCGGCCGAAGACGCCCUCGAAGCACACCGGCAUGGUGCAGCUGCUGUGCUCGUGUCCAACCACGGUGGACGCCAACUGGACGGAACACCGGCAACAAUUGACGUCCUCGCUGAGAUCGUGGCUGCUGUGGGUGACAAGCUGGAAGUGUACCUGGACAGUGGAGUGCGCACAGGCGCCGACGUGGUCAAGGCGCUCGCGCUGGGAGCUCGCGCGGUCUUCGUGGGACGACCAGUGCUUUGGGGACUCGCAUACGACGGCGAACAAGGAGUCCAGAGGGUCCUGCGAAUACUGAGGAAUGAACUGGAGCACACCAUGCGACUGCUCGGUUGUUCGGACGUUAACGACCUGUGUGAAGACUUCGUCAUUGACGAGAAGCGACACCCUAGGCCACUGCGGUGUGCUCUGUGAAGGCUGCAUGACUGGGUGCAACCGAUCCUUUGCAGAACAACAGCAGCGAUGAACAAGAGUAAACAAAAGCACAGCAACCAGAAGAGCCAAGAAGAUUUCGAGUUUAGUCAUCAUGGUUAUGUGGACAUGAACAAAAUAUAGCCUA